GGUUUUUGGAGAAUGCACAUUCCUGAGUAUAGCCAGAUCGUGAGCCCUCUCUACCUGGUCACUCGCAAGAAGAAUGAUUUCCACUGGGGCCCUGAGCAGCAACAAGCCUUCACCCAGAUCAAGCAGGAGAUUGCCCAUGCAGUAGCCCUUGGCCCAGUCAGGACAGGACCAGAUGUGAAGAAUGUGCUUUACUCUGCAGCCGGGAACCAUGGUUUGUCCUGGAGCCUUUGGCAGAAAGUGCCUGGUGAGACUCGCGGCCGACCACUGGGAUUUUGGAGUCGAAGCUAUAGGGGGUCUGAAGCCAACUAUACUCCAACAGAGAAGGAAAUUUUAGCAGCCUAUGAAGGAGUUCAGGCCGCCUCGGAGGUGAUCGGUACAGAAGCGCAACUCCUCCUGGCACCCCGACUACCGGUGCUGGGGUGGAUGUUCAAAGCAAAGAUUCCCUCCACCCACCAUGCCACCAGUGCCACAUGGAGCAAGUGGAUUGCCCUUAUUACGCAGCGCGCCCGGAUUGGAAAAUUGAAUCGCCCUGGGAUUUUGGAGAUAAUUACAAACUGGCCUGAAGGUGAAAACUUUAGUCUUGCAGAUGAAGAGGAGGAAGUGGCACAUGCUGAAGAAGCGCCACCAUAUAACCAACUGCCAGCAGAAGAAACACACUAUGCUCUUUUCACUGAUGGCUCUUGCCGCAUUGUAGGAAUGAAACGGAAGUGGAAAGCAGCCGUAUGGAGUCCCACACGACGAGUUGCGGAAGCUACUGAAGGGGAAGGUGGAUCGAGUCAAUUUGCUGAACUCAAAGCGGUUCAACUGGCCCUGGACAUUGCUGAAAGGGAGAAGUGGCCAAAACUCUACCUCUACACUGAUUCAUGGAUGGUAGCCAAUGCUCUGUGGGGGUGGCUGGAGAGGUGGAAGAAAGCUAACUGGCAGCGUAGAGGAAAACCAAUUUGGGCUGCUGAUGAGUGGAAAAACAUUGCCACCAGGGUAGAGAAGCUACCGGUGAAAGUUCGUCAUGUAGAUGCCCAUGUCCCCAAGAGCAGAGCCAAUGAGGAACACCAAAACAACCAGCAAGUAGAUCGGGCUGCAAAGAUAGGGGUAUCAAAGAUAGACUUGGAUUGGCAACACAAAGGGGAAUUGUUCUUGGCACGAUGGGCCCAUGAUGCCUCAGGCCAUCAGGGUAGAGAUGCCACUUUUAAGUGGGCACGAGAUCGAGGGGUGGAUCUAACCAUGGACAGUAUAUCUCAGGUAAUCCACGACUGUGAGACAUGUGCUACCAUCAAACAGGCCAAGCGGGUAAAGCCCCUGUGGUAUGGUGGGCGGUGGUCCAAGUACAAGUAUGGGGAGGCCUGGCAGAUUGACUACAUCACACUGCCCCAGACACGCCACGGCAAGCGUUAUGUGCUCACAAUGGUAGAAGCCACCACGGGAUGGUUGGAAACCUAUCCUGUGCCUCAUGCUACGGCCCGUAACACCAUCCUAGGCCUUGAAAAGCAAAUUCUUUGGAGGCAUGGUACCCCUGAGAGGAUUGAGUCCGACAAUGGAACUCAUUUCAAGAACAGCCUUAUCAACACUUGGGCUAGGGAACAUGGUAUUGAGUGGGUGUACCAUAUUCCCUACCAUGCACCAGCUGCAGGAAAAGUAGAGAGGUACAAUGGAUUGUUGAAAACCACACUGAAAGCAUUGGGUGGGGGAUCUCUCAAGAACUGGGAACAGAAUCUGGCAAAAGCCACCUGGUUAGUUAACACCCGAGGCUCUACCAGUCGAUGGGGCCCUGCCCAGUCUCAGCUUUUGAAUAUAGUAGAUGGAGACAAAGUCCCAGUAGUGCAUGUUAGAGGUUUGUUAGGAAAAACAGUGUGGAUCAAUUCUGCCUCAAGUACAGACAAACCCAUUCGUGGGAUUGUCUUUGCUCAGGGACCAGGUUGUACAUGGUGGAUAAUGCAGAGAGAUGGAAGAACACGAUGUGUACCUCAGGGAGAUCUGAUUGUUGGUUAGUUUUAGCUAGCUGAGGCAGAGAAGUUCCCUGGACUGUGGUUUUUUUCCCUUUCUCUGGACCUGCUCUGGACUGAACACCAGAAGAGCAUCAGCAGCUCACAUCUGUGGCCCAGCGGGCCGGGCCUGGGCCGCGGCAUUGCCAGCGCUGGAAGGACUGGUCAGAGACUGAGUGAGCUGAGCUGCAGCCCGGGGGAUUUGCUCUGAAUUUGUCUCUCUUGGAGUGGCAAGAAGUCCUAUUGUUUAAUAUUGUCUAAGUUCUCUUGUGUAAUAAACAGGUUUUUUCCA